GGGGAUUGCAGCGUGGGAAAGAGCAAGCAGGAACAGACCGCUGCAGCCACCGCCGUCGUGCAGCGCUCGCCAGGCUCUGCGCUACGCUGCGGACCACGGCGGGGAGGGGUGGGGGGGGGAAGAGGAGAAAAAGAAAAGCACCCGGGUGGGUAUUUAUUCCUCAUUAACCGGCCUCGUGCAUCUCCCCCGGUUCGCCAAGAUGAAGCGACCUUGUGAGGAAACUACCUCAGACAGCGACAUGGAUGAGACGAUAGACGUGGGAAGCGAAAACAAUUACUCGGGGCAAAGUACGGGCUCUGUGAUUCGAUCAAAUUCUCCGACAACAACAUCUCAGAUUAUGGCCAGAAAGAAAAGAAGAGGGAUUAUAGAGAAAAGGCGUCGCGAUCGGAUAAAUAACAGUUUAUCUGAGUUGAGAAGACUUGUGCCAACUGCUUUUGAAAAACAAGGAUCUGCAAAAUUGGAAAAAGCAGAAAUACUACAAAUGACAGUGGAUCAUUUGAAGAUGCUUCAAGCAACAGGAGGUAAAAGUUAUUUUGAUGCCCAUGCACUGGCCAUGGAUUUCAUGAGCAUUGGAUUUCGAGAAUGCUUAACUGAAGUUGCAAGGUACCUGAGCUCAGUGGAAGGUCUGGACACCUCGGAUCCCCUGAGAGUUCGACUUGUUUCUCAUCUCAGCACCUGCGCGUCUCAGAGGGAGGCAGCUGCCAUGACCAGCUCCAUGGCCCACCACCAUCAUCACCCUUUGCAUCCGCAUCAUUGGACAGCUGCUUUUCACCACCUCCCUACAGCCUUGCUUCAACAACACGGACUGCAUGCCUCAGAGACCACGCCUUGUCGGCCAUCCACGGCAUCAGAAGUGCCUCCUCCUUCCCACGGCUCCGCUCUUCUCACUGCCACUUUUGCUCAUGCCGACUCUGCGCUUCGAAUGCCUUCCACAGGCAGCGUGGCUCCCUGUGUUCCCCCUCUCUCUACUUCUCUCCUGUCCCUCUCCGCUACCGUCCAUGCUGCUGCUGCAGCAGCCACAGCAGCUGCUCAUAGCUUCCCCCUUUCCUUUGCCGGGGCAUUCCCCAUGCUCCCACCGAAUGCAGCAGCGGCAGCCGUAGCAGCUGCAACAGCCAUCAGCCCACCUUUAUCUGUGUCAGCAACUUCCAGUCCCCAGCAGACAGGCAGUGGAACAAACAGUAAACCUUACCGACCCUGGGGGACAGAAGUUGGAGCUUUUUAAUAUUUCCUGGAAGCUUUCUACUAGACUUUUGGCAGUAGUAACUGAAUGUCCUUCAUUUCAGAGUCAGCUUAAAGGCCUGCACCCUGCAGCCAUGACAGAUGCCUGAAAAUCCACCAAGAAACAAAAAACACUGUUUUUAGACCCACAUCUCACAAGAAGAAAUGAUAUUACCUGUUUUCUUCUUUGUUUUUGCUUUAGGCAUCUUGUUAACCAACAUCAGUGAGCUUUUGAAAAUGUCACAUUCUUUUUACCGUUUAAAAGUUUAUGAGGGAAAUAUACAGAUUCUAGAGAUAAUCUUCCAGCUACACAUCUUCAUGUUUGUGGGUUAGGAAAGAAAAUACUCCAUGGAAUUCUCCUGAGGCUGGAUGAAAAAAAAACCCAACAUGAUUUAAAGUUUCUUAAGUGCCUGAACUAUUAAAUAUUUUCUUCAUAAAGGAAUAACAUUGCACAUGAAAAGAAGGUAGAGAGGUAUGGGUUAAGAAAUGAAAAGGGGGGAGUACUGCAUUAGGCUACAGACAUUUGAUACAUUUCCAGAGAAGAGUUAAAACCAACAGAUUUAUUUAGCUUAAAGGGGUGGCUGAGAAAUAAUUUUCAGGUUGAAAGGCCUAGUUUUAUCUUACCUAGUUUACUUUCUUUGUACAGACUUGCCAGGUGGUGACAUCUAGCAUAGCGUUGGUAUAAGCAAUUAUCCUAUCAGUGCUUGGAUUAACAAACAAUUCAGCACCACUUGCAAGCCUUCAGGCGCUUUUUUUUUAAUUGGCUUAAUAUAUGGUGCUUCUUUAUUAGUGCACCUAUAUGUAUGUAACUGCCUACUGAGUGCCCACUGGAGGAUAUUUGAUUCAUGCCAAUACAAAAAAACUCCUUUGUAAGAUGUUAAAUUAACUUAUUUAGUUGCAUUUGGACUAUUUUUAUAUAUAUUAUAUAUACUUUUCAUUGCCUCCUGAUAACAUGCAAAAUCUUUCUGUUACCUAUGAGGGAGAUUGUAAUUUCUGGGGACAACAGAUGAUGAGAUGGGUAGGGAGCAUUAGGAAAAGAAAAGGCACUAUUUUUUUUUAAGUUGCUCUUUCCCAAAUUCACAAAUUUCAUCUGAUUCCAAACCAAGAUGAAUGUAUUCAGUGUAAUGCCAGUAAAUUAUUUUAUGUCCAUACCCAGACAAAUAGUGCUACACAAUGGUGUUUUGGUUUGGUUUUUUUUUUUUUUGCUUUUGUUUUAUGACAUAAAAUAAUCUCUUAAUACAUUGAAUCAAGCACGUGAGAUUUUAUGUUUUGGAAAAUAAAGACACAGCAUGUAUUAUGCACUUGAUUUCUCUGCUGUGUGGAGAAAGCAAUAAACAUUAUGAGAAUGUUAAACAUUAUUCAAAAUAUACUUUAAAAUAUUUGUUUUAAAAAUA